AUCUCCGCCCCAUAGCCCAUCUAAUAUACGCCCAAUUGACACCAUCCCCAUCAAUUGUACGCCAUCAUGAACUCCACGCUCCUCCGCACCUCUGCGUUGCGCUCGGCGCUCCGUGCUGCUGCUCCCAAGACCUCCUCCCGAGCUGGUCUCGCUGGAACGACCUUCGUGCGCUCAAAGGUCACUCUCCCUGAUCUGCCCUAUGACUACGGUGCGCUCGAGCCCGCCAUCUCCGGCAAGAUCAUGGAACUCCACCACUCCAAGCACCACAACACCUACGUGACCUCCUUCAACAACUUCAGCGAGCAGAUGGCCGAAGCCAAGCACAAGGAAGACAUCCAGACCCAGAUCGCCCUCCAGCCCCUUAUUAACUUCCACGGCGGCGGCCACAUCAACCACAGUCUCUUCUGGGAGAACCUGGCGCCCACCAGCAAGGGCGGAGGCGAGCCCCCCAAGGGCCAGCUCGCCAAGGCCAUCAAUGACAAUUAUGGAAGCUUGGAUGCCUUCAAGGAGAAGUUCAAUGCGGCGCUCGCGGGCAUUCAGGGCUCUGGCUGGGCAUGGCUGGUUCAGGAUACGCAGACUGGAGGCAUCCAGAUUAAGACGUACGCGAACCAGGACCCUGUAGUGGGUCAGUUCCGUCCGAUUCUGGGUAUCGAUGCGUGGGAGCACGCUUACUACCUCCAAUACGAGAACCGUAAGGCCGAGUACUUCAAGGCCAUUUGGGACGUCAUCAACUGGCAGGCCGCUGAGAAGCGCUUCAAAUGAAGAAGUGCUGAAACGAUACCGCUCUUUUGGAAUGGAGGACUAAUUUAAUCUGUGUAGCUCUUCUUGUAGCAUAGUGUAGCACGAAUUGAGCAAGUUUGCUGCCAGUCUAACAACUUCGCGCAACUGCACCUUGAUUCGUUAGGGGUCAAAUCCUGGAUGCCUCGUUUAUAACAUGCCGUUACCAAAUUAUUACGAGCUCAUCACGCGUUUCUUCCUCCACUUACCAAGG